CCAAGUUUGAGGUACCUUCGAAAAACCCCCCAACGCGGUGACUGAGGAAAGGAAAAGAGUUUUGGAACUCUUUUCUGUACAGAAUCAUCCUGAAGACAAACGGUGAACAAAAUGUGGAAAUCACUGCUUCGCAAUCAGAACACAUGGCUGGAAGGAUCCCGAAAUCAACAAUGACCAGAGAAGAUUUUGUCUUCGCUCUUCAGGAAAAAAACGGUGAAAAGCCCCAGUCGGCCCAACCGUUUUAAUCACAUCCGGAGUUCGUAAUUUGAUCGAAAAAAUGAUGUUUUCUAGUGGAUGAGACUAAAACUGUGGAAUCGUUGACGAGGAUAUAAGCAUCUCGUGGAGAAAACUCGGUGGUGGAGAAAGAGGGUCUGCUUGUCGCGAAUCUGUAUCCGGUUCCUGGAGAUGAUGCAUGAGACGAUCUACCUUCACUAUUGACGGAACUUUCUUUCGAUCUGGUUCACGCUCAACUCCCCAGGGUGGAAAUUCACAAGAAUUUCAAAACUGUGAAGAAAGACCUCUUCAGAGAGUUUACAACCGAAGAUAAUAAAGAUGCUCCGCGCUGCCUGUUUUGCAAAGCUCACCACCUGUCAAACCAGUGUGGAGUCAUCCAAGAUUCAGACAUACAUUUUUCUCUCCCCAAUUUGAUUCUUAUUAUUCUUUAUUUCUGUUCCAUAAUAAAUACUAUUCUUUAU